AAAAUUCUAAAGAUAAUCCUAAGAAAAGUUAUUAAAUUUUCCCAAAUUUAAAAACUUAAUAAAAAUAUAUGUAAAUGGCCAAUAACUAAGACUCUAAAAGAUAUAGGACAUAAGAAUUUGUCAUGUAGGUGUUUAAUAGAUGAAUAAAUAACCACAGUAAAAAUUAUGUAAGUAUCAUAGCCACCAAUGCAAAGAAAACCUCAGGGACCAGAUUCCGCCCCUAAACCACUCCACCGCCCAGUAUAAUUAGGGUGUUGAAUUUAUUACCAAAAAUGAAGAGAACGAGCAAAAAUUUACUAGAUUAUGAAAACUGAGAAUUUAUUUCAUAUCUUAUUACUAUUGAAAAAAACUGCAACAUUUGUCCGUUACUUUAAAAUGUUCAGAAAAGAUAUUUAUUUAAAAUCUUUCCCGCGUAAUUUGAUGUUGUUCGCAACACAACCUAAUACCUAGCCCUUUUUAAUAUUUAUCUAGGUUGUUAUGAUAAUUAAAAACAUCUGUUUUCAAAGUUAAACUUGAUACGUGACGCGAACAAUGAAAGGGAAAAAAAUCUUUUGAUGCUAACAAACUCCACAUGCGUGUAAAGCUGUUUAUAAAAAAACUUUUUUCCCCCAUUUUUAAAAAGAGAUUUUUAAUAGCUAUGCACCUACUGUCACCCUCCUCCCUUGUUAGUAAUGACAAAUUCAAAAAAAGACAAUGAAGAAAAUAUAUUGCGGAGCGAAAAACAAACAACAUUUAAAUUAUUUCAAUAUCCACAUAGCCAUCUGCGUCUAUAGAUAUUGCUUCAAUAAACAUUGGUUGAACCUGAACGAAAAACGAAGAAUAACAAGCAUCAUUUUUAGCGCUGUAAACACGUAGUUUCUAGAAAUGUCUAAUAUCACGGUAACCGAUUGUAUAGCUGCAAAACCAUCGGGUGAAGAGUUCAUCCAUUUCAAGGUGUUGGCGUACACAAUUGUAUUGAUCAUAUCAUUAGGAGGGAAUAUUAUCGUUCUAACGGUUGUGUACAAGACAUUGGCUAUGAGAACUGUUACAAAUAUGUUAAUUUGCAAUGCCGCCGUAUCAGAUCUCAUCAUCACAAUAUUCCCUGUUACUUGGGAAAUCGUAGACAACUUAAAAUUUAAAGGAACAUGGCCUCUUGGAAAGUUCAUGUGUGUUUUUAUGUAUAUGAGUAUAUAUUUGUCAGUUGCAUCGACGAUUAUAUCGCUGGUUGCUAUGUCGCUUGAUCGAUAUUGUGCCGUCAUGUUGCCGUAUAAAAAAUAUUUAACCGUCAAAUCUUUGAAACUCGUCAUACCGGUAAUUUGGUUGUUGUCUUUCGCGUUCGCAUCGCCCACGAUUUAUAUUCAAAGAGUCGUUCAUUUUGAAGAUUUCGGAUACGCGUGUGUGGAGAAAUGGUCCAAACCGUUCAAUGAGAGUAACAGUCCAAAACACUAUACGAUUAUUUUAUUUAUUUGUUUAUAUGCGGUACCAUUAUUGUUGAUGUCUGUGUUAUACGCUAUCAUGGCAAUAAAACUGAUGCAACCAGUUGGAUCAAGUGUACCUAAGUCAAAGACACCAAUAACACAUCGCAAGAAUCUACUAAAGCGAUGUUUUUCUCAUGAUAAAACAGGCGACGUGGCGGCGACGCCUUCGCGACAGUCCAGAGAAGUGUUGCGCAGUGACACGAUGAAACAAUGCGAGAGAAUGAAGCGGAAACAACGCGUGAUAAAAAUGUUAGUCUGCAUUGUCAUUGUAUUCGCCAUUUGCUGGUUGCCAGUUAACUGUAUCCAGUUCAUCACGUUUUUUAAUCCGUACGUUAUUCGAUGUCCUCAGUCAAUCCCUGAUUGGUCGAUAUUUUUUGCAUUUCUUCUACAAUACGCAAACAGCGCCAUUAACCCGUUAUUGUAUUUUGGAUUUAGCCACACUUAUAGAAACGGAUUUAAGAGAACAUUUUCAUUUUUAUUUUCGGCAAAAAAUAAAAAAACAAGAUCUCGUCCUGAAUCGUUCGCAUUAUUCAGCAGAAGAAGGAAAGGUGUCGAGUAUUCGUAUGAAAAGUUUGAAAAGAGAACUUCGACAAUAGCCAUUACUAAUAGAAGGAGCAAAUUUGAGAAUGCAAUGGGAAAGUCUUAAUUGAUCACGUGACAUCAAUGGAUUGAACUAUUUGUGAUUCGUAAAGUACGGAAUGAUUUCUUUAUUUUUUUGGAACAAAUAAACGUAAUUAUAGUAUUAUACAUAGGUCGUGCAUCCACUACUACCACCGCUGCUGCCACCACCGCUGCCACCACUACUACCACCACUGCUGCCAACACUGCUACCACCGCUACCACUGCAGCCACCGCUGCUGCCACCACCGCUGCCGCUGCUGCCACCACCACUGACAACAGAUGUUGUUCACAAAGGAGCCAUUGCUUCAAAUUCCUUUAAAUUUCGCAUUAAAUUAUUGUGUUUCUUACAUAAAGCCGUUAUCAAGGGGCGCUUAAGUCCCUAAUAGAUGCAGUCAUCUGUUUAUUUUAAGCCUUCUGACGACAAAAACCAUAUUAACCAACAUUGGUGUGACAAACGGACAGUGAUCACGUCAGCACCUAAAUUUGCACUAACAAAUUAUUUAAACCCACUCGUUAACACAAUAAACAUGAGAAACAAAUUAACGAAUACAAAACAGAAACAAAGAACAUGCAGGAGUGCAGGGAGUCUGCAUCUAUUACCGAACUAGCAAUAAAAUGUUUCUUAUAUUGAUACUCCAUCUAUUUGUGUUCAAAAGGGUUGCGCCACAGCUUUAGUGAAAACAAUUUUAAAUAACCUGAACAGAACUAGUUGUUGACUUUAUAUUUAUGUAUCCUAUGUAUCCUUAGCAUGUAGUUUGUUUUUCAGGGAAAGGGCAACCUCGUUCCUAGGGCAUUUUGCCUUAUUAAUGAAGUUGAUAGCAUUGUUGGCAACUCCAUAAUAACGGCUCAGGGAGACUCUGGGAACGAGGUUUGGGGAGGGGGAAAGCGAAAGGAGAGUAGGCGCAAACAUUUUUAACUAUUAGAUUUAUUAUUUGCAAAUUUGUUUUACAUUGCGCAGAACUUGUUUUUCAACCCACGAUCAAUUUGUAGAACUUACUUCGUAAAGAUAACAACGGCAAAUGACUGUUUAAGCAGGGAGGCCUGCAUCUUAGAAACAUGUCCAAUUUUUUUAUUUAUCUUCUACGUUUACCCAAAACUAUUCAUAAAGGCAGACGUAGUUUUAUCUCGUACGCCAGGCAACAAAUCUAUUUAAGAACGUGAUGGCAAUUCGUGUUUAUGUUCGGUUUAAAUGGCGCAGUUUGAAACUUUUUGCAACCAGCCACGGAAAUAACAGCACAUAAAUGCCCAUAAUAACAAUUUCCGGUACUCUUAGGAAACAUUUCUGUCCAUCGGUCACGCUUUACAACCGAUAGAUGCCACCUUCGGACCUCUCUCUCUCAACCUCUAUUAACAGUUCUCUCUUACAGUUUCACAAAUAGUGCGACUGUUUCCCUCUGGGUCGUUCUGCAGCCC